AUGGGGCUGCCUCGGAGGGCAGGGGACCCGGCGGAGCUGCGCAAGAGCCUGAAGCCGCUGCUGGAGAAGCGGCGCCGCGCGCGCAUCAACGAGAGCCUGAGCCAGCUCAAGGGGCUCAUCCUGCCGCUGCUGGGCAGGGAGAGCUCCCGCUACUCUAAACUGGAGAAAGCGGACAUCCUGGAAAUGACCGUGCGCUUCCUGCAGGAGCUGCCUGCGUCCUCCGGCCCGACGACGGCGCCCACACCCUCUGACAGUUACCUCGAGGGCUACCGAGCGUGCCUGGCGCGCCUGGCUCGCGUGCUACCCACCUGCCGCGUCCUGGAGCCUGCCGUGAGCGCUCGCCUGCUGGAACACCUGCGCCGGAGGGCGGCCAGCGCCACCCCCGACGGCGGGCGCUCUGGGGACCCCUGCGGCCCGCCAGCGCCUACCCCGCCGCCCGCCCCUGCGCCCUCACCACCCGAACCUCCCCGGAAUCCGGGUCUCUGGAGGCCCUGGUAG